UCAAAAAGUUCGGGUUGGUACAGCAAGGGCUCUAGCUAGCUAGUAGAAAACUACAACCACAAGAGGAGACAACUGUUACUAAUCAAUCGCAGCCAGAUCUCGUUACUUUCAGUAGUUAGUAGCAAAGAGUUCUUGUUGCUGUUGUUUUACAUGAAAUAGCAAGAGUAUCCAUAGAUUGUAUCCAUCUUUUUGUAUCAUCAUCAUGGACGCUGAUACUAGUAGUAGUGCAUUUGACAGCGGUCCAUUGCGUGUGGGAACAUGGACGGAGGAGGAAAGGGCGUACAUGAACGCGCUGAUGGGAGAGUUCAAGGAGGGUUCGUUGAAUCUGGACGAAGGCACGACGAUGAGAGGGUUCCUGGCGAAGCAGCUCCACUGUGGUGUCAAGCGGAUUUCGAAAAAGAUGGAAGGCUUUGAUUACAAGGGUCGUCACAGCUAUUGUCCCCACAACAACACGUUGUCGCCACAAGAGACGACGGCGCGACGAGAGCGAGUAAAAGUGUUGAGGAGCAAGUUUUUGGAAUCCUUGGAAAAGCUUCGUCUUCCCGGAUCCAAAGCAUACAAGGAGGAACAAGCCAAAAAGGAUCAAGCCAAAAUGGGGAAGAAAAAGGCACCGGCAAUGUGGCAACCACCACCGGCGGAUCCAAAGCGAGAACGGGCCAACUUGCUAGAAGCCAUUGGGGCCGCGGUAGGCGAUGAUGCACUCUGGCAAAUAGACGAGCCUACUACAACGACGGCCGCUGCUGCUCCAAGUCUCACAGCAAACGACAACCAUCAAAGCAACCAACCUACUGCGGUACAGCUGGAACGGAAACAACCGGCCAGAAGAACGAGUCUCACCCAGGUUGGACUCGAUGCUGCUGCUGCUGCUUCUUCUGUAAAUCCAUCUCUCUUGUCCCUCGGAAUCACCAAUCUACCACCCGCUACGACAUGGACAGCGAAUACUAAUCUUUCCGUGGAUCACAGCUUGGCACUGCUGAGAAUGAACAUGGCAGCACAGACAACCGCAAACCAAGCAUUCCACCGCCCAAGUUUGGGAAGGGCGUCCUUGUUCGACCAAGCCGCUGCCAUGGAAUUGACGCAGCACAAUCAGAACAAUAGCUUCCACCCACUGUUUGGCAACAACAAUCCUCUCAACUAUCAUCUUAAUCAACCAACAACAACAAAUAGUGAUGCUGGACUGUUCCAUACUAAUAACCCCACAAGAAGGACAUCAUUGGCCCAAACCCAAUCUGCUGCUGGAAUGACUCCUGAUAUGGUUGCCACGACACGCCUCUGCAACCCACUACUACAUCAGCAGUCUCUUGCCAAUCAGCAUCAUACUAUGAAUCCAUCUGCUGCUGCUGCGUUCCUUGGUAUGAAUGGCAUUGAUGAGGCAAGGAAAUUGGCCAUUCUUCGAGCGUCCGGCGGAGUUCCUACUGAUAUGCAUAGACCAAGACCAUGCUUUGACGAACCUGCGUCGAAACGGGUACGGAGGACGAGCGGCGGCAAUUUCUAGCUACUAUAGCUAGACUAGCGCUUUUGGUGGGGACUAG